UUUCUAGAUAUUAUAAAGAGCAACUUGUUUUACUUUUGGGUUAUGUUUUACUGUUGGUUCAUAGUCAAAGGCUUCAAAUCUUAAGCUUUCUUUUUCUUCAAAGCUAAUCUUUGGGGUUUAUGUCUAUCUUCUAAAUCACUUGAAUUUCAGAUUUAGCUGUUUUAAAUAUUUCAUCUCAGGUUCUUGCUGAGGUUUUUCUCAUUUAACAGUAUCCUAGUCGAAGUGCAGAGGGAACUGAAUUCCAAUUAGCCAAGUCCAGGUUUACGGUACUUGAUACAUUCAUCAAUCUUGAAGGCUGAUUUAAAUUGAAGAAACUAUGUCAUUAGUUAGACCAGCAGAGCUUUCUGCCGCACCAUACCGAAACCAUAAGCUCUACUCACUGAAUGGAAGUAAUGACAAUUCUGGCUUGUCUGCGCAAAUCGAUAAGCGGAAGGCCAUGUAUAUGACUGAAUCUCCCUCUACUGAGAGUUAUGAGAAGUACUUCAUGGAUUCUCCAAUUGAAGAAUUCAUACAGCCGUCCAGCUCAAGCAUUUCUGGGAACUCAUUUCACCUACAAGACGCUUCCUCUUGCCAACUGAGAACUGAAUCAGAUUACUUGGAAUUCCAAAGCCCUGAUCUAAUGGACUCUGACACAGAAGAGAUGAGGUUAAAGCUUCAGGAACUUGAGAGAGCACUGCUUGACGAUAAUGAAGAUGAUGAAGAGGAUGACAUGUUUGGAAAUAGUCCGAGCAUGGAAAUUGAUGGCGAGUGGUCUGAACCAAUCCAAAAUGUGAUGCUCCAUGACUCGCCAAAGGAGUCAUCAUCAUCAGAUUCUAUAUUAAGCAGCAUGAGCUGUAGUAAAGAAGUAUCGCAAUUAUCACCCCGAACUCCAAAGAGAUUACUUUUGGAAUGUGCCAACGCGCUCGCGGAAAAUAAUUUUGAAAUAGCUGAUGCUUUAAUAAAUGAAUUACGUCAGAUGGUUUCUAUUCAAGGCGAGCCUUCUUCAAGGAUUGCAGCCUACAUGGUGGAAGGUCUUGCAGCUCGCAUUGCUUCCUCCGGCAAAUAUCUAUAUAAAGCUUUGAAAUGCAAAGAGCCUCCUUCUUCUGAUAGGCUUGCAGCUAUGCAGAUUCUCUUUGAGAUUUGCCCUUGUUUCAAAUUCGGAUUUAUGGCAGCAAAUGGAGCAAUGAUAGAGGCAUUUAAAGGCGAAAAGCGAAUUCAUAUAAUCGAUUUUGACAUUAACCAAGGGAAUCAAUACAUAACACUGAUACAAACACUUGCCAAUCAGCCAGGUAAGCCACCACAUUUGAAGUUAACCGGGGUUGAUGAUCCCGAGUCAGUUCAACGUCACACUGGUGGCCUGAAGAUCAUCGGGCAAAGGCUUGAAAAGCUAGCAGAAGCAUUUAAGGUGCCAUUCGAAUUUCAUGCAGUGCCCUCAAAGACUUCACUCGUCAGUCCUUCAGUACUAAACUGCAAACCUGGGGAAGCACUAAUAGUGAAUUUUGCUUUCCAACUCCACCAUAUGCCUGAUGAGAGUGUAUCAACAGUAAACGAGCGCGACCAACUUCUUCGAAUGGUUCGAAGCUUAAAUCCAAAACUCGUAACUGUUGUUGAACAAGAUGUGAACACAAAUACAGCUCCGUUUCUCCGAAGAUUCGUUGAAGCUUACAAUUACUACUCUGCUGUGUUCGAGUCACUUGACGCAACUCUCCCAAGAGAAAGUCAGGAUAGGAUAAAUGUCGAAAAACAGUGCCUGGCACGGGACAUAGUGAACAUAGUAGCGUGUGAAGGCGAUGAAAGGAUCGAGCGGUAUGAAGUUGCUGGUAAAUGGAGAGUGAGAAUGACUAUGGCUGGCUUCACUUCAUGUUCAGUGAGUCCUGAUGUGGUGAAUACAAUUCAAAAACUCAUAAAGCAGCAGUAUUGCGAUAGAUAUAAGAUGGAGGAGGAUAAGGGCGCGUUGCUUUUCGGUUGGGAAGACAAAAGCUUGAUUGUUGCUUCCGCAUGGAGAUGAACGUUACAGCAGCAGCAGCAGCAUUUGGGCCUCGUCUUCGACUGUUUCAGUCAUUGUAAUGAUAUUUUUGUGUGGGAUGAAGAUGCAGAUUGCAGGCUAAUGUAUGUGUUUAAUAGCAAAAAUAAGGACUUGAUAAAAUUAUGCAUAGUAAAAACUUGGGUAGAGUGAUGUAGGAUGGAUUGCUAUUUAUCUAACAAUUAUCAAUAUCUUUGUUUUUUC